AUGGGCCCCUGUACCGCCUCCUCAUGCUGCUGCCAGGCCCCUAAUCUGCCAUGGGCCCCUAUACCGCCUCCUCAUGCUGCUGCCAGUCCAGAGUCUCUCAUGGGUCCCUGUACGGCCUCCCAUUGCUGCUGUCUCCAUCGCCACACUCUGCCAUGUGCCACUUUCAGGUCUCCUCACACUGCUGGUGUGUUCCAUUUUUUUGUCAUAGGGUGCUGGCAGAUUACGGGCCUCCCAUAGCUGCUGCCAGGCCCCUAAUCUGCUGCCAUGGGCCCCUGUACCGCCUCCUCAUGCUGCCAGCCAGCCUCUCAUGGGUCCACAUGCUCUGCCCAUCGCCACUCUGCCAUGUGCCACUUUCAGGUCUCCUCACACUGCUGGUGUGUUCAAUUUUUUGUCAUAGGGUGCUGGCAGAUUACGGGCCUCCCAUAGCUGCUGCCAGG